CAACAACAAAUACAUGUGCCAAGCCCUUGGGUAUUAUAAAGGCGAGCAGACAGUGGUGACACCGUUAUUGGUCUUAACUAGAAAUACUACAAGUAUUGUAUGUGUUUUACGGACAGGGUGUUGACUUUCAUCAAUACUCCGAGAAGUCUCCCAGAUCGGCAGAUUUUAAAACCACAAGUGAACUACCUUCUGAUUUAUUGUAACAUACUUUUUAGAAGGAAACGAGAGACGAAACGGCGAAGAAGUGAACAGGAGACGAAACGGUGUUUUUCUGGGGAAAAAUCAAAAUCGACUACAUCGAUUUUAGAAGCAAGGAUUCUCCGAAGACGUGAAAAUGCAGCAAAACUAAUGCCUCGGCUUCGGUAUCCUACAGACCGACAGAGACUGCAUUAUUGCAUCAGAAAAACGCCAACUGCGAUACAGUCGGUUUUAAAUUCACAUCGUAAUAUUAUUACGGCUCAGACAUUUGCCACCCGUGCUUCUGCUACGUGACCGAAGAAAAUAUUAAUAUUUAAACUUGUCACCCCAUUGUUGUAAUACAAUCAGGAAACCAAAAUGAAACUAAAAGAAACAACAGCGAAAUCCAGUGUGUGGAUUUUCGGGUACGGUUCUCUAGUUUGGAAGCCUGACUUCAAGUUCAGCAGAAGUAAAGUCGGCUACAUCCAGGGUUACAAGAGAAGAUUCUGGCAUGGAGACAAUUUUCAUCGAGGCAGUAACGAAAUGCCUGGGCGAGUGGUGACACUACUGGAAGAUCAUGACGCUUGCACAUGGGGGAUGGCCUACGAAGUCACCGGUGCUCAGAUUGAAGAGUCUCUCAAGUAUCUGAAUGUAAGGGAGAACGUCCUGGGGGGUUACGUGACCAAAGUGGUGGAGUUCUUCCCCCGUGACGAUGACGAGCCAUCAAUUCUGGCCCUGGUUUACAUUGCUACCUCUGACAACCCAAUCUACCUGGGGCCAGCCAGUCCUGAGGAGAUAGCAGCACAGAUUGCCAUCAGCAGUGGCAAAACUGGACAUAACAUUGAAUACCUCUUACGGCUAGCAGAUUUCAUGAGGGUCUGUUGCCCAGAAGUGAAGGAUGACCAUUUGUUCUCCAUUGAAGCUGCCAUGUUUUCCCUGAUGCCAUACUUGAUAACAUCAAAGCGGGCAAUCCCUGUUCUGUAAACAUGCUCACUGUGUCAGAAUCCGUUAACUAAAAUGUCUUUAGCAAUCCAAACAUAAACAGGCUCUCAGUGUCAUAUUGGCUGUAAGCUAAGUCUUGUAUUUACUGUAAAUGCCAAGCUGCAUAUCCAUCUUGGUUAAUAUUUGUUGGACCAUAUCAACCAUUGUCUGUAUAUUGGUGUAACAGUAUGGUACGCAUGUCCAACAGUAAUAAGUAAUACGUGUAUUUCAAAUGUUAUUGAAAAGACUGGGGAUUGUGCAAUAUUAGUUGUAUUAAUAUUUUUUUGCUGCUAGGUUGAAGAGGUCAGAGCCUUUGAAAUAAAACAAUUAAUUGUAAAGUUACAGUGGAAGGUUGAUGAUCUUCAUUUUCAUAUAUCCUAGUACUGUUCCUUAUAGGGGUACUCUCUGCGGUGCCAAAAGCUGAAUGCUUGGAUUAAACAGCUGUACGAGCUGUGUUGACACCUCAGGUUUUAAAGUAACACUAAACGAUCAAGGGUCUGGGGUACAAUUAUCAAUAAUGAUUGAUUAACUUUGACAAAGAACAUUGAUUAGAUGUCCACAGGUGAAGAUAUAACCCUUGCUUUUAUUUAUGGUGGUAUACAAAUGUUUUUGUUCCUGGAUUAUAGCCUUAAUGUUUUGUUUUAAAUUGGAUGGACAAUUUUAUAUGACCCCUUCAAGAAAAUGUGUAGGACAGAAACAUCUUUUACUGUACUGAUAUACUUUUCUUGUAAAAGGAAAUAUUGUAUUGUCAGUUUUAUUUUUUAUAUUGUAUGUAAUAAUAAAAAAUACAAAAUAAAUGUUAAA